AUGACCUUCACUGUCACUGUCCUUUUUCCCAAUGAGCCGGAUGCCAAAUACGAUUUUGACUACUAUGUAUCCAAGCACAUGCCUCUUAUUCAAGAAAAAUGGAGUAAAUAUGGUGUCAAAAGCUGGUCGGCUACACAAUUCACAAAUGGCUUAGACGGUUCACCCAGCCCCUACGCAUUUGGAUCCAUUGUCGAAUGGGAGGAUCAAAGCCAGGUCAAGAUUGCUUUCGCAGGGCCUGAGGUCGCAGAGAUAAUGGGGGACGUGGCCAACUUCAGCAACAAGGACGCAGUUUUCCUUCUGGGCAAAGUCAUGGUCUGA